CAGCCUGGUGGCAUGGACACCGGCGUCGCCGUCGCCAUCGCGGCAUGUUUGCCGAGCCAGGAUCGCUUCAAGUCCAUACUCAUUUUACGUGUCCCAUUGCAAGGGCCUUUCCCCUCGCUUGACUGACCGCAACUACAUGUACUUCAACGAGAUCUUGGCAAAAGUGCACCUUAGAGAGCAGGACGCACGCAAUAAUGCUGCAGUGCUUCAGAGCGGUGCUCCAAAGCCAUGGCUGCCCGGAGCCGAGUGCCUAGAGACCCUUUCUGCGGCGCACGCACGGUGUCUGUUUGCGUGGAACGCCAUGGCUGGUGCCGCGCUAUUACAUGCUCUCUUCAUCAAAAUUCCAGCCCAGCUCCGCGCCAUCCUGUUCUGCCACGGUGAGGCCAUCGGCAGCCAGGCCUGCGCUCGCUAA